AUGAACAGUACGACGAAUGGUACUACUACGGCCCUGCCACCAGCAGAGAUCUGCGACCCAUAUGGUACCUGGCCGCCAGCAAGUGAACGACAACAUGAUUCCCUGAGGCCAAACAUCUACGCUUCGAGCGUCGUUUGCUGGCUCAUAGCCGCUUUUCUUGUCGGGCUGCGGCUAUACACAAGAGGAGUCAUCAUUCGAGUGUUGGGCCCCACAGAUUGGAGUCUCUUGGCUGCUUUGGUGUUUUCAUUGGCCACGAGUAUUGGGGGUAUAGAGCAGGCCAUGCACGGUUCCGGCCUUCACAUCUGGGACAUUAACUGUUUGGAUAUAGCAGCAGGAACUAGUUGGUUUAGGGCCUCCUGGUACUCCCUAGUCUUCUACACCCUCUGCCUCUUCUUCUCCAAGGCUUCCAUCUUGCUCCUCUACAUCCAUCUCUUCACCUUCCGCUGGGCCCGACUCGGUGGCCAAAUCCUCCUUGCCAUUGUCACCGUCAGCCACAUCUACAUGCUUGCCGUGUGUUUCGUGGCCGCCAUCCCCUUGAAUUCCUACUGGGACUUCUCCAUCCAGAGAGUCUGGACGGCCCCCCAGUCAAUGUGGUGGUCCAGCACGGGUCUACAUAUGGCCACGGAUUUCCUGAUUUUCUUGCUGCCGUUGCCUGUGGUGUGGACAAUCAUGUUGCCCAAGAGGCAGAAGAUUGCGCUUUCCGCAGUCUUUGGUCUGGGUUUUUUAAUCUGCUUCAUCUCCAUCCUCCGCCUCCUCAAGCUCCUCGAAGUCGAAAACACCGAAACCCCUCCAGUCGACUGGACCUACGCCGCCGCCGAACUCACCUACCUCACAGCCGUCGAAUGCAACGGCGCCAUUAUCUGCGCCUGCGUCAUGACUUUAAAGCCUUUCAUCGUCAAAUACUUCCCUAACCUCCUCGCCUCGCGUUCCCGUUCCCGCAACGGAAGCAACGGACAAGGCGGAAGACUAAGCGAUAGUAUCACCCCGCCUACCAUCGGCUCAAAGCCGUUCAAGCCUCCGGUAUCAGCUGCAGAGGCAGAGUACAUGCGACAGGGAAGGACGAAUGCUUGGAUGGAUGGAGGGUAUGUGGAAUUGGAUGAUACGUGGGAGGGGCCAGAGGGGACCACGGUGAAUGAUGCGGAGAUGAAGGAGGGGGUCACUGGUGGGGGUAAGAAGGAUGUGGUGGAGAAGGAGCAUAAAGAGCAUAAGGAAAAAGAGCAUUCGGGGAUCAGGAAGUGGAAUAGUUUGAGGGAUCAUCACCACCAUAACAAGGGGACGAAGAGUACUGGAGGAGACCUGGAGGGUAUUCAGGUGAGGAAAUCGGUGGAUGUUACGGUGCAGGUUGAGGAGUCGAUUGAGGAGCACGGGAAUGGGAAUGGAAGGAGUAACAAGAGGGAGAGCGAGUAUGAGAAGGGAACUGCGUUGUGA